AUGUCGUUUGAUUCAGAAACGGCUCGUCUGCGCAAAGAGCACGAUGGUUCAUCUCAUCUCGGUGGUUCUAUUUAUGCUCCACCGACAACCACUACUCGCCUACCUGAUCGUCCCCUUUUUCCUACCAGAGCUUCUACCCUUGGCUCUACCCAGGACCUCAACCGUAAUAAUCUUUCCGUGAAGCAUGAUCUAGUCCCUCAUGCUUAUAGUGAUGACUUGAAUCAUGCCCACUCGAGCAGGCCUUAUGAUUCAAAUGGUAUCCCCGCUUCUCUCCCGCCUCCAUCUCCCGCCUUUCGUUCGCGUAGUCGUCCUACCACCCCCAAUGGCUCCACUCCGUAUAAUCUUGUCUCAUACACCGAAAGGAAUGUAGAGUUGAAGCGUCGAGACAGUGUAAUCUCAUAUUCCUCCGGACACUCUGCGUCCUCCAGUUCUAGUUCUCCAAACAAGACUGGUCCCAUGACAUCCACUUCCUCUGCGACAUCCACUAACAUCUCACAAUCACCUUGCUCCGCAUGUGGAAACACGAUGCAAGGUGCUUUCGUCCGCGCAUUAGGCACUGUAUACCACUUGAACUGCUUUAAAUGCUUGGAUUGCGGCGAUGUCGUCGCGUCAAAGUUCUUUCCUAUUGAUGGGCCUGAUGGUAAACAACAUCCCCUCUGUGAACGGGAUUACUUCCGUCGCCUGAAUCUUAUAUGCGCCAAAUGUGGACUUGCUCUCCGAGGCAGCUAUAUUACGGCAUGCAACAAGAAGUAUCAUGUGGAACACUUCACUUGCUCCCUGUGCCCAACCCUUUUUGGCCCACAGGACUCCUACUAUGAGCACGAUGGGGACGUUUAUUGUCACUUCCACUACUCGACACGUUUUGCGACAAAAUGUGCAGGUUGCAGCAGCGCCAUCCUGAAGCAAUUCGUUGAGAUAAAUCGCAACAUGAGGGACGAGUGCUGGCAUCCAGAAUGUUACAUGAUCAAUAAGUUUUGGAACGUCAAAGUAGUUUCACGGAGAUCGAGCGUGUUGAUUAAUGAUGGGUCGGAAUUGGAGCCAUCCUACGUCGAGGAAGAGAAGCGUGAAACUCCCACUACAUUGAAGGACAAGCAAAUCAGGAUGGAACAGCUGGUCUAUCGCAUUUGGACGGUUCUCUCGGCGUUCGAGGAAUCAAGCGCUGCGUGUAUAUCUGAUAUGCUACGACAGGUCAGCAACGGACAAUAUCUUGAUGCCAUCAGGAUGGCCGAGAAGUUUAUUCUACAUGUGGAAGUCUUAUUCGGCACCAUCGAUGACCUUGAAUGCCAUUCCGCUAGGCUUAACUUGAAAGGAAUGUCUCAUGUCCGAGAAGCCCGCAUGCUUUGCCGAAAAACGGUUGAUCUGUUCACCCUUCUUUCACGUACCCAGGAAACUGGGUCGCGCAGAAUGGGGAUGACUCAGGAACUACUUGCACUCGUGACAGGAAUAGCCCAUUACCUUAAGAUCCUCAUUCGAAUAGCAUUAACGGGCGCACUAAAACUGGAGAGGGAACAAAGCGUCCGAGAGGCUAUGCCAUCAUUCCUCGAUAAGCUACAUUUGCUCGCGGUGCAAGGUGGCGACCCAGCGGCUCGCCGGAUCAUUAAAGGUGGAAGUGGUGAGGUUAUGAGAGGAGGAAAUAUUGGCACACAGGGUGUCACUUACGGCUUCAGGAGUCUGGCACCAGAACAUGCAGGAGAAUCCCCGUUCACAGCGAACUCGCCAUCUCGGUUGACAGUCACCAAUCCGCCUUCAGACCGGUGCGUCAAGUGUACACAAGCAGUAGAAGAAGACUGUGUUCGGUUGGGAACUUAUCAGCGUUGGCACUCCCAGUGUCUGCAAUGCGCCAGGUGUGACAAGGUAGCUGCUAUUCCGGCACCGAAAGAGCCGACGCCACCCAAGUCCCCAGAAGAUAAAGACAAAGAUAAAGAAAAGGAAAGGAGCGAAAAGGACCCAUCGAAGCCAUCUUCUGUUCGAAGACCACCGGCAAAUGUCGGCAUCUUUGUGUACGAGCUUGAUUCGGUCAAGGACAUCCCUUCAUAUGGUGAAGUGCCUACCGUUAUCCUGUGCACAGACCACGUGCAUCCAGGGUGUCGAGAUGGAUUCCAGGCUGUCUCUCGGCUGGAGCAGUAUGCGUUUCUGCUCAACAUUGCAUUGCGUAGGUUGUACCUGGUUUUAAAGCAACAGGGCGUGGUUCCUGUGUCACCAGGUAUGUUCCGAUCUCUCAUACUCGAUGUUCUGCAUCGUAAGCGUGUAUUGUCAGUUGCUUCUACGACGCCAAGCAUCAACCCCAAGUCAGGGGACCAAGAUCCCUAUCGUAACUCUGGCGAUAUAAUGCGCAUGAAAUCCGUACAUCUGGAUCGAAAGCUAUCUGCUACAGCACGGCUACCCAAACGAUCAACGAUCGUGGAGAGUCCAUCAGGCAAAACUGUCCAGCCCUCGGAGCCACUGCAUGCUCAACGAUCGCAACAAGAUAUCAAAACCCCACAACCUCAGAGGGCGCCUCCACCAGGGACGCUGGUUCCAGGGCGUCAGCCCUCCCAGCCUGGCUCCUCGGGGAUACCAUCACAACCUCCUUCACGGGCGCAAACUCGUACUCCUGGUACACUGGACACAAGUUAUCAAGCGCAAGUAGUUCGUUCUACUAUCGGACGGAGCAACACAGAGGUGAAGAUAGUGGAUGAGUCGGUACCAAACUCUCCAGCAGGUGGCCCAGACGAUGCCCCGUUACACACCCCUGAUGACGGUAUUACGUUAGCUGACAUACCUCAGUUGAUGGAGGCCGCGCAAGCUCGCGAACAGCAGCGCUCAUUACCGCGCCAGAGCACGGUACCGCAUGUCGCCGAGUUGAGCGCACUCGAACUUACUAUCGUCAAACACUCUGCUGUCCUUGCCCUCCAGCGAUCUCCGCUUCGGGAUCAGCUUGAAUUGGAUGAGUUGCUCGAACUGGUUGAGACAAAAAAGGGAGGCUUCUGGAAACAGCUGUUCAAAGCUGGAGACAAGAAGAACGUCAAAAAGAAGGGCGUUUUUGGUGUUCCACUUGAGCUCCUAGUUGAGAAAGAAGGGUCAGAUUCCUUAUUGGGAGCCAGCCGUGCAACCUUGAGGGUGCCAAGCUUUAUUGAUGAUGUUGUCUCAGCCAUGAGGCAGAUGGAUAUGUCGGUGGAGGGCGUCUUCCGCAAGAAUGGUAAUAUCAGGCGGUUGAAGGAUCUCACGGAGGCCAUCGAUCACGACUUAUCAUCAGUAGAUCUCACGCAGGACAACCCGGUGCAAUUGGCUGCUCUCUUGAAGAAGUUCCUCCGCGAACUGCCGGAGCCACUCAUGACGUUCAAGUUACACCGAUUACUGAUUGCAUCGCAGUCCCUUUCUACAGAGGCAGAGCGGAGGCGUUGUCUCCAUCUAGUUUCCUUGCUUCUUCCCAAGAGCCAUCGUGACACCAUGGAGGUGCUAUUUGUGUUCCUCAAAUGGGUGGCGUCGUUCGCACACAUGGAUGAGUCCACUGGUAGCAAGAUGGACCUAUCAAACCUAGCAACGGUCAUAUGUCCUAGUAUCUUAUACUCACGCGGGCGUGACGCCGUUCGAGACGAGAGCUUUGGGGCUAUUCGCGUAGUAACCUCGUUACUCGAGAACCAGGAUGAGUUUUAUUUGGUUCCCGAGGAGUUCCUGCCUAUCCUCCAUGAUCAGGAAUAUUUCUCAAAUAGCACUGAGCUACCAAGCAAAGAUUUCAUGAAGAAAUGUGACAUGUACAUGCGCCUCAGAGCAAACGGGCGUCCACCAUUGGCAUCAAUGGGUUCGCCGAACCUUACCAACCCACCCCGCGUUUCGCCACCCGGAGAUCGACCACCGUUGACAUCAAUUUCGAGUGAACCUCAUAUACGGAAUGGCCGACAGCAGUCGCCCCAUCCACAUCCAGGUAUCAUUCAUUCACCCACCUCGUACACUUCUCCUACGCAUCCAACUUCCCUAUCGCAAGGCGCAGCUAUGAUCCAGGGCCAGCAACAACCUCGUUAUCCCCAGCCGAUCGAGACAGAUUGGCCCACUGCUCAACGACCCAUCACUGGUACCAUAUCUUCAUCUCCUCGACCAUCGUCCUACGUGCAUCCGCGAAGUAGCGGGGAGCACCUACACUCGUCAUCGCCGCCCAACGGAGUUCCUGCUACCGCAGCGCCCCGACGAUGACCUCGUUGGACUCUAGAUUCUGUCAUCAUAAUGGCGACUCACUUCCACUCUUUUGCCUUGCUGUGCAUUGCCGCU